AUGUCUUAUUCCGGGUAUCCGCCUUACGGUCAGCCGCCUCCCCAACAACAAGGGGGGUACUACCAGCAGCCACCACCUCACCAACCAUACGGCGCGCCUCCACCUCCGGCCCAGGGCCAAUACUAUCAGCAGUCUCCUCAGCCUCCCCAGGGCUACGGACAACCGCCCCCUUCUCAACCAUACGGUGCGCCAUCUCCCCAACCGUAUGGAGCCCCGCCUCCUCCUCAACCCUACGGCGCCGCACCUCCACCGGGCCAAUACUACCCGCCGCCACAGCAAGGGGGCUACGGCGCGCCGCCGCCGCCGCCACAGCAACCAUAUGGCGCGCCGCCGCCGCCGCCACAGCAACCAUAUGGCGCGCCGCAAGGGCACGGGCAACCCCCUCCCCAGCAACCAUACGGCCAACCGCCCUAUGGCCAGCCGCCUUAUGGCCAGCCCCCGCCUCAGCAAUAUCAGCCGUACGGACAACAAUAUCCGCCGACACCUCCAUCCGCCGGCUAUGGCCCGCCCCAGAUCAUUGCUUGGAAUGGCGACGAGGAUGCACGCGGCCUAAGAUCAGCCAUGAAAGGCUUCGGCACGGACGAGAAGGCGUUGAUCCGGAUACUGGCGACCAAGGACCCCUUACAAGCCAACACCAUGCGUGACGCCUACGCGCGCCUACACCGACGCGAUCUUAUAGCUGACAUCAAGAGCGAAACAAGCAGCUGGUUUGAAGCUGGGCUGGUCGCUCUCGCCCGCGGCCCGCUCUUGAACGAUGUCCACCUGCUUCGCGAGGCCAUGUCCGGACCUGGGACCAAGGAGAAGGCGCUCAAUGACGUUCUUCUGAGUCGGUCCAAUGCCGACAUCAAUGCCAUCAAGGGCGAGUACCACCGCGUCUUCCAUCGCCGACUCGAGGACGACGUGCGGGGCGAUCUGAGCAUGAAGACGGAGAGGCAUUUCAUGAUUGUGCUGCAGGCCCAGCGGGCCGAGGACUCAGCACCCAUUGUGAAAGCCGAGAUUGACCGCGAUGUUAACGAUCUGUACAACGCGACGGAGGCCAAAAUGGGUACCGACGAGAUGAAGGUUUGCAGCAUCCUGACAACGAGGAACGACAACCAGAUCCGUGCCAUUGCGUACGAGUAUCAGCAGAAGUUUGCGCGAAACUUGGAGGAUGUCAUUCGAAAGGAAUUCUCGGGACAUAUGGAGGACGCUCUCCUGUUCCAGCUGCGCAGCGGCGCCGACAAGUACAUGCACCAGGCAACGCUCCUCGAGGAUGCGAUGGCUGGGGCCGGCACCAAGGAUUAUCUCCUGGUCAGCCGUAUUGUUCGUUUCCACUGGGACCGGAACCACAUGGCCAACGUACGCGGAGCGUAUGAGAAGCGAUACCAUCGCAACCUGGCCAGCAGGAUUAAGGGAGAGACGAGCGGCGAUUAUGAGCGGCUGAUGCUUGCAUGCAUCGGGGAGCGCGUCUAG